CCCUCCUCACUCUCUUCGUCCUCCUCAUCUCUCUCUCCCUCCACUUCCUCUUCCAAAACCCCUCUUCGGGCCCGGGCCCACUCCCUCCGGGCCGGGCCGGCUGGCCCGUCCUCGGCGAGAGCCUGGACUUCCUCUCGACAGGCUGGCGCGGCCACCCCGAAAAAUUCAUCUUGGACCGAAUCUCCCGAUACUCCUCCCUCGUCUUCCGCACCCACCUCCUCGGCGAACGGGCCGCCGUCUUCUGCGGGCCCACGGCCCACAAAUUCCUCUUCUCCAACGAGAACAAACUCGUCCAAUCAUGGUGGCCCGCUUCAGUCGACAAAGUCUUCCCAUCCUCCUCCUCCCAAUCCUCCUCCAAAGAAGAAGCCAUCAAGAUGCGCAAGAUGCUCCCCAAUUUCCUAAAACCGGAAGCCCUCCAGCGCUACGUGGGUGUAAUGGACCGCACCGCGGAGAAACAUUUCUCCGCGGGGUGGGAGAAUAAUGAUACCGUGCUCGUUUUCCCUCUCGCGAAGAGCUACACGUUCUGGCUGGCGUGCAGGCUUUUCCUGAGCAUGGAGGAUUCGAGCAGCGUGGAACGGUUUGCCGAGCCGUUUAACGAGCUGGCGUCGGGACUCAUCUCGGUCCCCGUGGAUUUGCCCGGGACGCCGUUUAAUCGGGCUAUUAGGGCGUCGAAUUUUAUUCGGAAGGAGCUUGUGAAGAUUAUUGGGCAGAGGAAGAGGGAUUUGGCCGAGGGGAAGGCGUCCGCCACGCAGGAUAUACUUUCGCACAUGCUGCUGACGUGUGAUGAGAAUGGGAAGUUUAUGGGGGAGCUUGAUGUAGCGGAUAAGAUCCUGGGGUUGUUGAUUGGGGGACAUGAUACGGCCAGCUCCGCGUGUGCGUUUGUCGUCAAGUAUCUGGCGGAGCUGCCGGAGGUUUACCAAGGGGUUUAUAGAGAGCAAAUGGAUAUUGCUAACUCAAAGAAGGCUGGUGAGGUGUUGAAUUGGGAUGACAUUCAGAAGAUGAAAUACUCGUGGAAUGUGGCUUGUGAAGUGCUGAGGCUGGCGCCACCACUCCAGGGCGCUUUUAGAGAGGCCCUCACUGAUUUCAUGUUCAAUGGUUUCUCCAUCCCCAAGGGCUGGAAGAUAUAUUGGAGUGCGAAUUCCACGCAUAGGAACCCGGAUUGCUUUCCGGAUCCGUUAAAGUUUGACCCAUCGAGAUUCGAAGGGUCCGGGCCUGCUCCAUACACGUUCGUCCCAUUCGGAGGAGGCCCGAGAAUGUGCCCUGGAAAAGAGUAUGCAAGGAUGGAAAUCCUUGUGUUCAUGCACCAUCUUGUGAAGAGGUUCAGAUCGUCUGAAACUCAGAGUCCGUUGGGUAACCGGACUAUCUUCGAGAUUGCUGAAUCGGACCUCGGGAUCACCGGGUCGCUCUUGGUCUGGGUGCAGUUGUGUCACUUGCACUGCAUACGUCGUGCGCCGGCCUCACGCGGGAUGCGCCGGAACCGGACGUCGCACGUCGGGUGCUGCAAACGAGCGUCGCGCGUCGGGUGCUGGUCUGCGAUCGUCGCGCGUCGGGCGCUGCCGACAGGAAUCGCGCACCAGGCGCUGAGUGCAGGCAAUGCGCGUCGUGCACUACCGAGAACUUCGCGAGUCUGUGCGGGUCUGCCGAGGAGCUCGCGGGUCGUCUGCGGUCAAAGCACCGUCGGGUGGGCGGGUCGCGAGGAUGCUGUCGAGGACGUCGCGGGUCUGCACGUCGCCGGGAACAAAAAAUCUCCGGGAACUCGCGGGUGGCCGAGGGCUGCUCCAUUUAUUCUCGGUCAAGAAAAUAAAUUCGUUGGGAUGCGAAAAACUAAACCUUAUAAUCUUUUGAUGUAUUACCUCUACACCUACUUCGAGUAG